AUGGCCGCCCAGACCGUUGAUCCUCUAGCUGACGAGCUCGCUCUGGGAUGGGGUGAAGACACGAUUUACUGCGAAGCGACUUGCGACCCCGAAGAUGUCUUGUACGAAGGCUCAGACGACGAGAACUACGAUAACCCUAUGUCACGAAAACUGCGUAUCGAAGCAGCCGGUCAAAGAUUUCUCGACGGAAAGGCUCCAGUCCUCUUGACCGCAUUGCUCAGAGGUCCCUUUGAUGCGACGUCCUCGAACUGGGUUAACCCUUGGCGUUCAAAGCACCGAACGGCUGGAAACGCAAGAAUAAUAAGGACGUCGCCAGGGAAAUUGAAAAGGUCCGCCAAUGUUCGACGCAACGUAUCUAUACCAGAGACAGUUCAGCCGGCUAGUGAUAGUCUGGAAUGUCACCUCCCGAGCCCCGAAAGCCUCAACCAAACUUCCGAGACCGAAACACACCCUUAUUUGGAAGAAGAUGAGCUGGCCAAGGUCCGAGAAUGGAGAGAUGCCGUGGAUGCUGAGAAGAAACCGAAGGACGAGUUUUGGGCAUCAACACCACAAGGGUCAUUAUCUGAGAGAAAGCGAAAGGCCAAGGGAUCAUCAUGGUUGAAACAUUUGGCGAAUAAACGACGAAGAACAGAUGUCACGGAAACGGGCUCCAUUGAUACUCCGGUCCCGUCCCGAAAUCAACCUUCGCUCUCAGCUACGGCGUUCAACACAUCCUUUUCAAGUGUCCCCGAUCGGUUGCCGUCUUCCGCCAUUGCGAAAAAGAGAUUCUUCUCAACACCAAGCAAAGUCUCAGUUCCCCAACGAGGCUCUGUACCCGGAACUACUGAUUUGAGAGCUCAAGAUGAAACGGCUAGCAACAAUCUAACACGUCGCCCAGCUUUCGAGACCCAAGAAGAUGACAGUUUCUGUUUCAAAAUGCGACCAAAGCUCAACCAGGCUGUGGAAACUGCAUCCAUGCCCAGAGAUGAGGACACUUGGUCCGGCCUGUCAUCCCCUAAUGACGACUUGGCCAGCACAAUAUCCGAAAACAGCACACCAAUAGAGGAAGGGCGCAGCCUACGAGACUCGGAUGUUGCGAUGGAAAUUGACCAAAUUGCUGUGACAAGCCCUCUGUCAUCCAUUUCAAGCAAGGAGUUUCAUGGAUUCGAUGUUUCUGACAGCCGGAUGAUUGACACCACGACAUCUGAUUCGGAGCUCACAAGUUGUCCUAGUCACGUGUCAGCGGAAGACGGAAUGGUGCUCCUUGCUGAAGAAAUGUAUAGCGAAUGUCAAUCAACCACAGGGUCAGAAGAUGAGGACAUGGGUGGGACAACCGAUGUCACCAGCAGCCUGGCUGUAACUGAAAACCACGAGGACAGUGUAACUGCUUCUGUGGAUGAAUCUAGCGAAGAAGAGGAAGAGGAAGAGGUUGGCAAAGCGAAAGCCACUGAAGUCGUAUCCCCAACAACAACAACAAUCAAUAAUAGGACGCCACAAACCUUGGCAGGACGUCGUGAGGCUGAGACGACGCCAUCAAAACCCACAACACCUUCUCAUGCCGAGUAUCUUCUCAGAACUUCAAUCAAGAAGAGGUUCAUUCCUCAAAGCUCAUGGGAAAAGUUGGCAAAAUUGACUGGAAGUCCUGCCUAUCAAAGCUUACCCCAAAGAAGAGCAUCUUGCCCGUCGAAGCUGGCCUCCAACUCUCCCAGUGGUCGACGGAAGACAGCAUCAGUUCAAUCUACCCCCAUGAAGACGACUCUACGUCGAGCUUUGAGUCUUCCCCAGCCGUCGUUACAGAACGUGAGGAGACCAACUGUUGUCGAUAGCACAGCCAAGGAACAACAGCUAGAGCAAGAACAGCGCCAACCCAACUCACCAAAGGACACACGCAUUCCCUUCUCACAGCAGACCCCAUGGGCCGAUAGUAAGCUUUCUCAGUACGCUACACUGAGCCUAGGCAAAAUAUCUACAGACAGCCCUAUGUCAGAGUUGAAGGAAACGGACACUAUCGUCGCUGAAUCUAGCCCUGUGGAGCAGACACCUUGGACAAACGAGAUGGCCGAACUGCCGGCGAUACCCCUGGCCCUGACACCUGUUGUCGAAAUAGAGGAUCGCACGACAGUCGAAGAGCCAAACACACCAGCCAUUGCAUCUCAAGUUGAUGCGCCACUACAGGAUGCCUCUGCGGCAGCCACAACGGUCAUAGAAUCGACACCUGAGCCCCAAUUCUCGGUCAAGUCAUUUGCGUCCUUCAGAUCAACUUCCCCAGGGCAUGGUUCUCGAAGAAGCAAGCGCGCUGCUUGGAGGGGAUCGGGAAGUCGUAUGCCAAGCACGCAAGGUAUUCUGGCUUCCGCAACGAAGAAUCCUUGGGUGGUCAGGAGCUCUGAGCGUCGAGUCUCCUUCGCACCGCUACCCCAUGAGACUAAGGGAUACUCGAGUAGCCCAACAACGCCUUGCCCAUCUACGUCUAAGGGACGUCAAGGCUCACCACCACCUGAUACUCCUAUAUCUGAACUUCCUACCUCUGGAGAUGACAAGUUCCAUAAGCACUUUGAUGCCGUGGUGCGAGGACCUAUCAUCCGUCACAAACAGCGUUUGCUUCCAUCAGAAUCACAGCGUACAGUUGGCAGCCCAAUGCCAGAUGCCAUGGCAGAGGCUUUCCUUUCGGCAGACCAGUUGCGUCAAUCAGCUCCUCCUUCAGAUCCGACUAAGAGCGAUCGCGAGUCUGAUGAGUCGCAAGACCCUAUGGAAAUGGCGGAAGAUGUUUUCCGCGAGAUGGACCACGUCUUCGAAUGGAAUCUUAGUGGAACAGAAUCAUCACCCCAGAAGACUCAGGGCCAGCAAAGUCCAUGGUGA